AUGUCUGAGACUAGAUCCUCUGGCCUUUCACUUAUGAUCCCGUCAACAUCCCCUGCAGCAGCCAGCAUUGGCGAUUGGCUUUCUCGCACCUCAGAAAGUAAUUCAGACGCACGACAUGGAAAUCCUAGCUGGCCAAAACUGCCAUCACGAAAGCAGGAGAGGCAAAUUUCGAUGCACUGUACGAGGGUGGUGGACUCAGACGAACCGCUAAAUCUUGUCCUACUCGGAACGACGUUUGAGAGCAACUAUGCCGAACACCCGCAGCGUCUUAUCGCCGCCCAAAUCGGUGCCAACGGCAAGGAUGAAAUGCAACGAUGGAAGAAGAGGGUAGCUGCUCACGACAAAUCUGCUCAAUCUCUCAGCCAACACUUGCACGGCCGUCAGGCUGUCCAUUCUAAAGUCAUCCGAACGAAAUCAAUUCAAACAACAAAAUAUCAGGCCUCCUCAAGGAACAUCCAGAAAGAGACUAUCUUGCAGAAGCUCUUGCGCGUGCUGAGGCUUGGAAGGACAAUAAGUUCAACCGGUAAAGCCACCACAGCACACCAUACCAGUUGA